GCUCGCUCGCUCGCUCGCUCCCACACACCUGCCUAGCACAUCCGCGGAACCGGGCGCGUCUCCGGCGAGCGAUGAGUGGCGACUCGCGACAGCCGCGUUUCUGCCGCGAGCUGCGCGGGGGUCUCCGAGGAGGAUAUCCUGGCCAUUAGGCGAGACGCGACAUUCGCCGUUGAGGAGGAGGGGGGGGGACGUCUCCUUCCUCGUGGGGAUCUGCUGCUGAGCUACCAGGUGUGGAGAGACCGCCGCUCUCCCUCCCGCGCCAAACUCCUCGACUCUGCCGUCUCGGGAUCGUCCCUCGGGAGAUCCAGGGAUCACCAUCAUGAGCCGCUGGGUGGGCGCCUGGCUCGUGCUGUGCGCCAGCCUGGGAGCGCCGUCGUCCGCCAGAGGGGAUAUAUGUGACUCCAACCCCUGUGAAAAUGGAGGCAUCUGCUUGUCUGGGUUGGACGACAACUUCUACUCUUGCGAGUGUCCUGAUGGCUUCACAGAUCCCAACUGUUCUAGUGUUGUGGAGGUUGUGCUAGAUGAAGAAGAGCCAACAUCAGCAGGGCCAUGCAUUCCUAAUCCCUGCCAUAAUGGUGGAAUAUGUGAAAUUAGUGAAGCCUAUAGAGGAGACACAUUCAUAGGCUAUAUCUGCAAAUGCCCAGAGGGAUUUAAUGGGAUCCACUGCCAGCACAAUGUGAACGAAUGUGAAGCUGAACCCUGCAAGAAUGGUGGCAUUUGUACAGAUCUAGUAGCUAACUAUUCAUGUGAGUGUCCUGGCGAAUUUAUGGGAAGGAACUGCCAACACAAAUGCUCUGGGCCAUUGGGAAUUGAAGGCGGAAUAAUUUCAAACCAGCAAAUAACUGCAUCAUCUACCCAUCGGGCACUUUUUGGGCUCCAGAAAUGGUAUCCUUACUAUGCACGACUUAACAAGAAAGGUCUUGUAAAUGCUUGGACUGCAGCAGAAAACGACAGAUGGCCAUGGAUUCAGAUAAACCUGCAGAGGAAGAUGAGAAUCACUGGUGUUAUAACUCAAGGUGCCAAGAGAAUCGGAAGCCCGGAAUUUAUAAAAUCAUACAAAAUUGCAUAUAGUAAUGAUGGGAAAUUAUGGGCAACAUACAAAGUGAAAGGCACAACUGAAGAUAUGGUGUUCCGUGGGAAUGUGGAUAAUAAUACGCCUUACGCAAAUUCUUUCACCCCACCAAUAAAAUCUCAGUACAUACGAUUAUAUCCUCAGGUUUGUAGAAGGCAUUGCACUUUGCGAAUGGAACUUCUUGGCUGUGAAUUAUCAGGUUGCUCUGAACCUCUGGGGAUGAAAUCGGGACAUAUACAGGACUAUCAGAUUACUGCUUCCAGUAUCUUCAGAACACUCAAUAUGGAUAUGUUUACAUGGGAACCUAGAAAAGCUCGUCUGGACAAACAAGGCAAAGUGAAUGCCUGGACAUCGGGACAUAGUGACCAGUCGCAGUGGCUGCAGAUUGAUCUUCUUGUUCCCACAAAGGUGACGGGCAUAAUUACUCAAGGAGCCAAAGAUUUUGGUCAUGUACAAUUUGUGGGCUCCUAUAAACUUGCCUACAGCAACAGUGGAGAGCACUGGACCAUAUAUCAGGAUGAAAAGCAAAAAAAGGAUAAGGUGUUCCAGGGCAACUUUGAUAAUGACACCCACAGAAAGAACGUCAUUGAUCCCCCAAUCUAUGCACGGCACAUAAGGAUCCUCCCUUGGUCAUGGUACGGCAGGAUCACUUUACGGUCAGAGCUCUUGGGCUGUACAGAGGAGGACUGACGAGGAUCUUCACUUUUCCGCACAACUCUUGAUAUUCCUAAAAAAAAUAUCUCCAUAGAAGAAACUGUGCAAAACCUGUAGGAAGUUGAAUGGGUUUUUCAUGAACAAGUGCUCACUUUCUGGUAGGCCGCUAACUGUCUUUUGUAAGGAGGUCUAAGCCUGCCCUUAAAAUGGUCCAAAUCUGAGUUGGGGGUUUUCUUUGGGUUCUUUUAAAUCUUAGUUCCAGUUAUUACUCUGUUUUGAUGUGGAGUUUACCUUUCAAGGUUUUUUCCCCCCUCUGAGUUAUUUCAUGCUGGCUGAAAUAUCGUUAGGAGUGAGAAGCAGCAUCCUUUUUACAAGGAAGAUGAAAGUGGCAUGACAGAGUUCACUUGUGACUUGAGAAGGAACAGGCUGAUUCAUUGUUUCCAAACCCACAUGGUCAUCUCACUUGCAAAAAGUGAUACUGCAGCUUUAGCAAUAAGUUUUUCUCGGGGAUGACUGCAUUUGAUUGUUUCCCUUGUGCCUAUCAAGCAUUGUCAAGAUUAAUGACACUUUUUUGGAAGUGAUCUCUGUGGUCUGCAGUCCUCCUGGUGUCACAAACUACCUUUUGUAAUUUCCUUUACAAACAGCCGAGUCCACACACCCUAGAGUUUCAUUUCCACAUCUUUUGCUUCCCAUUUAGCACACUGUGGCCAUCAUCACUGUCUUUUAUGUUUGAUUACAUUAACUGCUUCUGUUUCUUUUCAAUGAGCCAACCUGAAUUUUAUGGAACAAAAUCUGCUAUCAGUAUAUUAUGAAGUUAAUGAUUUUGUCAGUGAAUUCAGCUUGCAUUUUCUUUCUAAGGGAUGCUGAGAUGAAAGAUCAUGGACCAAAUUCAAAGCUUAAGUAGCUGUAGCCGGGAGGGAGGCAGACAUGAAUGCUGCAAAGAGGGCAUUCAUAUGAUCCUGCAUUUUCAUGCAUAGUCAUUGCCUCAUGGAGCUGCCUAAGAGAUGGCUUCUCUGAGAUGCUUCCUAUGACUCAAUGGGCAAGGGUCGUUGUGAGAUCUAGAGGUGCAUGCCAAAACAUAUGGACCGUGUAUCCUCGCUCUGAGGAGCAACCCAACUACGGCACUGUCCCCAGGCUUCAGAAAUAUGGGUGGAAGGAUGGAACCCGAGGCUGUGUGGUCAUAUAAUAUUAUAUCUCAACAUUAUUUUAACCAUCAGCUCUGCAAGGAUUCUUCAGGCCCUCUGAGUGGAGAAGACAAGUCUUGUAUGAUACACAAAUGGCAGUGUUGCAAAAACAGAGAGGAAGGAAGUGGGGUAAUUGGAUUUAGAUAUGGGGCAGGUGCCAAUCAUCAGAGAAAAUAAGCAGGGCUGAGUGUAUGCUGUGAACCUUCAGGAAAAAAAUUGGAGGGAGAGCAAAGAACUCAUUAUUGGGUGACGAAUUCAGCUUUCUGGGAAUGGCAGCCUUCAUUUCAAAAUGAGAAAGUUUAUAGCACUUAAGACUGCAAAAAAAAUAAUGAUCGAAAGUAUCUUGCCAGCAGCUGCUGCAAUCUCCAGAGGUUGGGAUUUCAGUGCCCACCAUAGUUCCAUCGCCUCCCCAUGACUGGAAAGGGUAUAGAAGUUGGAUUGUAGAAUUUUAAUUAUUUUUUAAAAUGUGGAUCAUGCAGUGCCCUGAUAACAGAGAAUGGAGUACAUACUGCCCUGAUGAAUCAAGCAGUGUGCAUGCAUUCAGAAAGAUAAGCCACAUACAGGAGUCAGUCAAAAACCACAGUAUUCCUACUUCAGGCAUUCAGUUUUCUUAUCAUUUGCAGCCUCAGUGCUGGUAGAGCUUGCUAUUGAAGGAAGAGCUGGGAUUACUGAAUGGGGAAAAAGGUUUCUCAAGUUUUUCCCCAAGUAACUCCAUGGGGUCAUGUGGCAACCACAGCUACUGCAUCAUAGCUGUGGUGUGAACUGUUUAUCACAGGUCAGCUAUUGCUAAUGGGUCUUGCUUAUACAUCAGAACAGAUGCCUUCAGAGGACCUUAUUACUCAUCGUUAGUGAUUAGCCUAUUACCUAAUAACACCCUCUUCAGUUGAUAACCUAAAUUAGCCAUGAAUCCAGUUCUCUUGUGCAUUGACCUCUGUGACUAAGAUCUUCCAUUUGAAAUUGUCAAGAUGACUGUAGCUUUAUUUGAAUGGACCUAGGAUGCAGCGCGCAGUCAAUGCUAGAGAGCCAUGUAUGCCGUUUUCCCAGAGAAACAGUAGCCCAUGCCAAUCCUUGGCCAAGCAAUAUAUGAGAUACUGUUGCCAUUGGAAUUAGUACACAAAGGCGCUGGCAGAGCACUGUGUAAAUGGCUCUCCAUUUCUGACUCUGCCCGGCCACCAUCUGGGUCAGUUGAACCUAAGCUGUGACAAAUGUGUAUGAAAACACGGCCAGGAUUUAAUAGAUGGAAUUUAUCUUGUGUAAAACUCCUUCUUUGUGCAGAAGGAGUUCCUGGUAAAUGGUAAUCCUAACAAAUAUUGCAAAGCACUUUCAUUUUAAUAAGGUAUUGGUAUUUUGUCUGUUUCUUUUAUAAUUCUUGAGUGUCUUCUUAUUACUUAAAACCUUCAAGUUGUGCUCAUUUUCAUUUUUAAUUUCAUAACAUACUGUGGUAGAUUUUUUGGGGGGUCGUGUCUCAUUAACACAUCACACAAAGUAUAUUUUUUAAUGAAAUUCCAUUAUCAUUAAAAGGAAAAAAUGGAGAUAUAAAGAUGGGCUCUAUGACCUUAAUAAAUACUUAGUCAGCCUAUAAUUUUACAGUAAGGAAUCGAUAUGCUUGUUUAAAAAGAAAAGAAAAAGAUUUAAAAGUCUGAUAUAUAUUUUUAAGGGUCAUCACAACCUUCACAUAAACUCCUACUCUGCAACAGGAGAUAAUGGCCACGUUGACACAUCACAUGAAACUGUGCAAUGUGAAUUCACACAUUCCUCCCCUCUUCUCUCCUCUCCUCCUCCUGAGAGGAAGAGUUUAGAAGUUCUCACAUCCACUUUUGCUUAACCAUAGUUUGCCAUGUCAUCUAGAGCAACAAACCUGUUUUAACAUUAACUGUGGCUAAUUUUAAAACAUACCCUCAGGUCUAGAUGUUACAGCGAGCUUUGGUUAAUCAAAAGUAGAAGUGAAAGCUUCAAAAUUCCUCCUUCUGACCACAUGGAAAGAGGAUAGGAUAGGGGAGAGGGUGAAAACCCAAAUCUCACUGCAGCUUAUUCCUAUUUGUGCACAUCACACUAAACAAUGAUUUAGCAUGACAUUUGGACAUGGUCGUUACAUCUGCUUUGCUUAAAAACAAAAACCUUUAAUGAUCAGGGGAUGCUAUCUUGAAAGCGCCUCUCAAAAACAUCAAACCAGUAGAAUAAUGAGAUCUGUCGAUAAAGAGCACCUAAUUUUUAAGGUGUAUUUGUUCACACUUUUUUUUGUAAGGCUUAGACAUGGAUAUUCUGAGAUCCUUAGUUUGAGAAUCUGAUCAAGGUAAAGCAAGUUAUGUGUAAGAAAUGUUAAGGUCCUGUGCAACACUGUUAAGUUUAUGGGGUUUCUUUGUUUUUUAGUUGGGUUUGUGCUGCAUUACAAAAGCCACUAGACUGUUACUGUCUUGUCUGUAACUGUAUUAACAUUUCUUAACAAUGUUAUCUAUGGAGUGGUCUUCAAUUGUAGUGAAUAAUUUUAAAGAGAAAGUCAAUCAUAACUGUGCUUUAAGGUGCAAGUGGAUAACAGAAUAAGGAUGGUAACUGAAAUGGCAUUUAACUACAUAUGGCCCAAAUCCUGCACUUUUAAGCUCUUAUGAAGAUCUUGUGAUUCACAGCCUACUUACAACAGAGUAGUUUUUCUAAAUUGUAUUGGCCUACGCUAGAGAAAAGAACUGUGGAUUGUUUGACAUUUUAGUGGGUCGAGACUUCAAUGGGGCCUCAUUUUUAUACGCCUAUUUGAUGAGGCCAAAUUUUGCACUUGCAGUCCUUGGCUGGUUCAAUGAAUAGCAUGCCUAAUCGUAUGAGGCCUGGCACCACCAAACACUGGUACCAAUCCCAAGGUCUACCUGUGGUCCACCCAGAAAGAGUACUGGCAAUUGGGUGGGUGGGUGAAAGAUGAGGGAAGAUGGGGGAUUGAACAAGUGAUUGCUGCUGCAUCUAUAUGGCACUUCUUAUAGAAUCACUGUUGAGCAAGGGAAACUGCAUACACAGAGCCCUUUUGCACAUGAAACCCCCAAUCCCAAAAGAAUGGUCAGCAAUUGGUCCUCUGCAGAAGAUGUUACUGAAGGAAAUGCUUUGGGGGUGCAGCUUCCUUGAAUAAGAGGUGAUUCUUGCAAAUAAGACAUGUCAGGUCAGUAAUGCUUGGGCUCCAUCCUGAACUCCAGCUACUGCUAACACCAUGUCAGCGACUAUAGCUGUCACCAAUGGAGCACUUUCAGCCGCUAGACAGAAUGUUCUGAUAAAAUGUUUCUGUGUUUAUUAGUAUUUUUUUCCUUUUUUUUGAAAAAGAAAAUGCAUUUAAAUGAACAUUUCUUGGAUUUGCAAUUAACUUAUAUGUAAUAUAGUUUAUAGUUCGAAAAAGAGCAUCCUGUUGAAAAUGUGGUCACUCAGUCGUCUAUUUGAAAGGGUUGCAUUUUUGUCCUUCUGCUGCUCGGUUCUGUCAGCCUUUACAAUGUUAUUCAGAGGAGCCUGAAAGCUUUUCUUUCUUUCUUUUUCAAGAUACACCUUGAGGCUUUUUGCCACAUUUUGCACCUGUCACAACAUUAUUAAACUAAAGAAAUGCCUUUGACAUCCCUUCAGUAACUACGGACACAAUUUACUGAGAAAUUCUUCUCACUGGAAUGAAUGGGGCCUGCAUAACAAUCUGACCCUGUAUUUCAUGUCGUGGCCAAAAUAACAGAAGCUGUUCCAUUUGGGCAAAUGGCACACUACCCCACCAGCCUCGCUUUGCCUUCAGCCAGCCCCCACCUGCCUGCCUUCCUAUUACCAGCCCAGAGGGUGCCAUUGGCUGUCAGAUUCCUCCUCCUACUCUCAGUGUUGCCUUCAUAAAACUUGCACAAAAGGAACCCACUGAAUAGGAACAUACACAAAUUGAAAAAACAGGGGUUUCAUACAAAAACAAAAUACUGUAUAUGCCAAGCAAAGUACAAUAAUGCAUUUGUCACAAUGCACCCACUAUUACAGGGCAUACAGUACAUGCAAGCGAUACUCCAGAACCAUCAAAAUAAGUACAACAUUACAAUUAAUGAUAUUUUUCAUUAUCUCUGAUGCAAGGGUAUUCUUGAGAGUGGCAGAGCAUUUUCCAUAUAUUGUGUCUUUGUAUGCUGG